UGUGGUUCUUAAUACUUUUGAUAGGUCCAAGAAAUCUUACACUUUGACAAUAAAUAUUUUAUAAAAAUAUCCCAAAAUUUAUUUUUUCAGAAAUAAAUAAAUAAAUAUUUACUUCUUAAAAUUUCAAAAUUAGCCAUUUAUUUGGUGCUCAAUCAGGAAAAAAAAAUCUUGUUUAGUUUUUUGUUUUUGUUUUGGGGAGUUUUGAAUUAAGUGAGAAAAGCAAAUGGCCUCAACAACUUCCCCAUUUUCUCUCUCAUCUUCAUCGACCCUAGUCGACGGCAAGACAACUCGUCAGUCCUCCGCCGCGGCAUCGUCGCAAUGUGUGACACUACCCACCCUUCCUCCGCCGCCGCCGGCAGUCCAAAGCCGUGCUGCCAGAACCACUGCCUACUGUAGAAAAAUUGCAAGGAAUGUGGCCGCAAUGGCAACAUCAACCGGAGAAGUUGCCACAGCAGAGACCACAACAGCUGAAACGGCAACCACUGAGCUACCAUCAGAGUUUGUCCAAAAGAUUCAAGAAGUUUGGGACAAAGUUGAUGAUAAGUAUGCAGUCAGUUCAUUGGGUGUUGCUGCAUUUAUUCUGCUUUGGAGCUCCACUGGAGUGGUCUCGGCAAUUGACAGGCUUCCUUUGAUUCCUGGUGUUCUUGAGCUUGUAGGAAUUGGUUACACCGGUUGGUUUGCCUACAAGAACUUGAUCUUCAAACCCGACAGAGAAGCUUUGAUAGCAAAGAUCAAGGACUUAUACAAUGAUAUUCUUGGGAGCAGCUAAAAGAAAACAGAGUCCCGAUGCUGCUGCAGAGACAUGAUCAAAAUAGAUUUCAGUUGAGCAAUCUUGCAGCUUUGCUCUUCAAAAUGUAAACUCUGCUUCGUUCUUUUGCUAUCUUUUUAUUCUAACAGAUUAAAACCCAACUGAACUGUGUCUAUAUAUGUGCUUAUCUGUACAUUGUCUUUUCAUUUCCUCACCUUCAAUGUGUUUUCUUUAGCAGUUGGAAGUUAAUGUAUAUCAAUGCUUUCUAGUAAA